GCGUGAGCGUGAGCGCAGCCCCUUCCCGCCUGGAUGGAUAAUGGGAGUCUAAACAUGAGGCAGAUAGCUGAUCAGCUUCCCUGGAUUUCGCUGACGCCACAGGAAAGCUUUGCCUGAAGAUGGAAACACUGGAGUCGGAGCUGACCUGCCCUAUCUGUCUGGAGCUGUUUGAAGACCCGCUGCUGCUGCCUUGCGCUCACAGCCUCUGCUUCAACUGCGCUCACCGCAUCCUCGUCUCUCACUGCGCCACCAACGAGUCGGUGGAGUCAAUCACCGCCUUCCAGUGCCCGACCUGCCGCUAUGUCAUCACCCUCAGCCAGCGCGGUCUAGACGGGCUCAAGCGCAACGUCACCCUGCAGAACAUCAUCGACAGGUUUCAGAAAGCGUCGGUGAGCGGGCCCAACUCCCCCAGCGAGACCCGCCGCGAGCGGGCAUUUGACGGCAACAGCAUGUCGUCCUGCGAGAAGGUGCUCUGCCAGUUCUGCGACCAGGACCCUGCACAGGAGGCAGUGAAAACCUGCGUGACCUGUGAGGUGUCCUACUGCGAGGAGUGCUUGAAAGCCACCCACCCCAACAAGAAGCCCUUCACCGGCCACCGCUUAAUUGAGCCUAUUCCGGACUCGCACAUCAGAGGAUUAAUGUGUUUGGAGCAUGAGGACGAGAAAGUUAACAUGUACUGCGUGACCGAUGACCAGCUCAUCUGUGCCUUGUGCAAGCUGGUGGGACGACACCGUGACCAUCAGGUGGCAGCUUUAAGCGAGCGCUAUGACAAGCUAAAGCAAAAUUUGGAAAGCAACCUCACCAACCUUAUUAAGAGGAAUACUGAACUGGAAACUCUUUUGGCGAAACUCAUUCAAACCUGUCAACAUGUUGAAGUAAAUGCAUCCCGGCAAGAAACAAAGCUGAUGGAAGAAUGUGACCAGCUCAUUGAAAUAAUUCAACAAAGGCGACAAAUAAUUGGAACUAAAAUCAAAGAAGGAAAGGUGGUGAGAUUGAGGAAACUGGCUCAGCAGAUUGCAAACUGCAAACAGUGCAUCGAACGCUCGACAUCCCUCAUCUCUCAGGCCGAGCAGUCGCUGAAGGAGAAUGACCACGCUCGCUUCCUGCAAACUGCUAAAAACAUCACUGAAAGGGUUUCCAUGGCGACUGCGUCUUCCCAGGUUCUAAUUCCUGAAAUUAAUCUCAAUGAUACUUUCGAUACUUUCGCACUUGAUUUUACCAGAGAGAAGAAAUUGUUGGAAUGCCUUGAUUAUCUUACAGCUCCCAACCCUCCCACCAUUCGAGAAGAGCUCUGUACAGCUUCUUAUGAUACGAUUACUGUUCACUGGACAUCGGAUGAUGAAUUCAGUGUGGUCUCUUAUGAGCUGCAGUACACGAUCUUCACUGGACAAGCAAAUGUUGUUAGUUUAUGUAACUCAGCCGACAGCUGGAUGAUUGUGCCUAAUAUCAAACAAAACCACUACACAGUGCAUGGGUUACAGAGUGGCACUAAGUACAUCUUCAUUGUAAAGGCCAUUAAUCAGGCUGGCAGUAGAAACAGCGAGCCCGGCAAACUCAAGACAAACAGUCAGCCGUUUAAACUGGAUCCCAAAUCUGCUCAUAGAAAACUGAAAGUGUCUCACGAUAACUUGACAGUGGAACGUGAUGAAACAUCCUCCAAAAAGAGCCACACGCCCGAGCGUUUCACAAGCCAAGGGAGCUACGGGGUAGCUGGCAACGUGUUUAUUGACAGUGGACGUCAUUACUGGGAAGUGGUUAUAAGUGGGAGCACAUGGUAUGCCAUUGGCAUUUCUUACAAGUCGGCACCAAAACAUGAGUGGAUUGGCAAGAACUCUGCCUCCUGGGUGCUUUGCCGCUGCAAUAACUCGUGGGUGGUGCGUCACAACAGCAAAGAAAUUCCCAUAGAGCCUGCGCCUCAUCUCCGCCGCGUUGGGAUUUUGCUGGACUACGACAACGGUUCCCUUGCCUUCUAUGAUGCUUUGAACUCCCUACACCUUUACACUUUUGACAUUACGUUUGGACAGCCUGUGUGCCCCACCUUCACCGUGUGGAACAAGUGUUUGACAAUUAUCACUGGCCUGCCGAUCCCCGACCAUUUGGACUCCUCCGAGCAGCUUGCGUGACUGUGGAAAGGCAGGAGGUGGAACGAGGCAUUUGAGGCAAGCUGCCAGGUGGGAGCUCACCCGGGGCCGGGCAUGGCCAACGGUAGGACAUCCCUGGCCGUGCGAUUGCUUCCAGCCCGAGCUGAAAAUGGGAGAGGCUCCCUUUGUUUGGAAGGACAAGAAGUGGCUUUAAUAAUAUCUUAGAACUUCUUUUGCUGAUUGGUUUCAUUGGUUUUGUUUUGUACUUAGUCUCUUAUAGGAAGGUUUAUAAA